AUGUGUCACGCAGCUCUCAAGUAUCUUAAGAAAGUAGCGCCUGGAAGAGACUCAUCAAGCGGUGGCGGUUCGAUUAUUAACAUAAGCGCUACUUUGCACUACACAGCUUCUAGGUAUCAAAUACAUGUAUCUGCAGCCAAGGUUGCAGUUGAUGCUACCACAAGAAACUUGGCAUUGGAGUGGGGAACUGACUAUGAUAUUAGAGUGAACGGAAUUGCUACAGGUCCUAUUGGAGGUACACCGGGAAUGAGUAAACUUGUACCUGAGGAGAUUGAAAACAAAACCAGAGAGUACAUGCCUCUUUAUAAACUUGGAGAGAAGUGGGAUAUCGCAAUGGCUGCACUCUACUUGAGCUGUGAUUCUGGGAAAUAUAUGAGUGGACUAACAAUGGUGGUAGAUGGAGGACUGUGUCUUAGCAAACCUCGCCAUUUGGCCAAAGAGUGGAGAAGAGGUCUAGGGCCAGGCGAAUGA